AGUAAACUAACUGAAUCAUUCAAUUCAGAACUAAAGACAAGGCCUCUGAGAUGCUUUAUACACUGCAAUUAUUCUAAUAAGGGUCACAAACCUUCUGAUCAUGACUCUGAAACCAACCUUGUUCCUAUUAGACGCGUUAAAUAAGACGGUGUGACUACUGAGAAUCUGAGCUAACACAGAAAUGGUGUCUUCUCUUCACUCCUUGCUCCUCGUAUUUUUUCUCUUUAUUUUGUUUUGUGCACCAUACAUCUCUGCUCAACCAACAGCUGAUGCUGACACGGACUUCUCAUGCUCCUCAGACUCACCUGAUUCCUGUGAAACGUAUCUGAGCUUCCGAGCCAGGUCACCUGAUUAUGUGAAUGUGGGGAGCAUAUCUGAUCUUUUUGGUGUCAGCCGGUUGAGUAUAGCAAAAGCUAAUAAUUUGUCUUCGGAGGAUGAACUGCUAAAACCAAACCAACUCCUGUUGGUACCUAUUGAAUGUAACUGUAACGGAUCUCGUUAUUUCUCCAAUGUCACCUAUCAGAUAAAGAAAGAUGACAGCUUUUAUUUUGUAUCAAUUACUGCUUUUGAGAAUCUUACAAAUUUUCUUCUCGUGCAAGAUAUGAACCCGACACUGGUUCCAAAUAAAUUGGAAAUUGGCGAUGAAGUGGUAUUCCCUUUGCUCUGCAGGUGUCCUAACAAGGCUCUACGUGACAGAGGAAUCAAGUAUCUCAUCACUUAUGUAUGGCAACCAGCUGACGAUAUAUCAUCUGUGAGUUCAAUGUUCAAGGCCUCACCUGCUGAUGUUCUAGUUGAAAAUAACUACAGAAACUUCACUGCAGCAUUGUGUCUUCCAGUGUUGAUUCCUGUAUCAGAAUUGCCUGAACUGGUUCAGGCUGAUCCUUUUCCUUCUGGACCGCGCAGUGCCAGACAGCGGCAUAUCCUAUCUGCUAUUGUAGGCACAAUUGUCGCGUUUUUUAUUUGCAUGUUGUUCAGCUUGGUGGUCUACAUUCAUCGGUUAUGCAGAAAAAAGAUGAUGUUGGAAAGAAACCUCUCUAACUCAGAAUAUGUUGAUAUAAUCAAAAUGAAGAAAACGGCAAUUGAUGAGAAGUUUGAGCUCAAGGCCAUUCCAGAAAAAUUACUCCCUGGGGUUUCAGGAUAUCUAGACAAGCCAAUAAUUUAUGACGAAAAGGUUAUUAUGGAGGCCACGAAGAACCUAAGUGACCGAUACAGGAUUGGUGGAUCAGUUUACAGAGCUUUGAUCAAUGGAAAAGUAUUUGCUGUGAAGAAGUUUCAUGAUGUUACUGAGGAAUUAAAGAUAUUGCAGAGGGUAAAUCAUGCCAACUUGGUGAAACUAAUAGGUAUUUCAACUGACAAUGCUGGGAACUGCUUUUUGGUUUAUGAGUACGCAGAAAACUACUCGCUAGACAAGUGGCUAUUUCCAGAGUCACUGUCUUCUUCAUGCUCUGUGGCUCCUCUCACUUGGACUCAGAGAUUGAAUAUAGCAUUGGAUGUUGCGAAUGGCCUGCACUACAUGCAUGAGCAUUCGCGACCAAGCAUAGUUCACGGAGAUUUACAGACGAGUAACAUACUUCUCAACUCCAAGUUUAAGGCCAAGAUAUGCAAUUUCUCCACAGCUAGACCUGCUACAUGCUCCUUACUUCUUGAAGCAGAUGUUUUUGCUUUUGGAAUCCUUCUCUUUGAAUUACUUUCUGGUAGAAAAGGCAUGGAAGCAAACGAAAAGGGUGAGAUUGUUUGGAAGGAAAUCAGAGGAGUUCUGGAAACUGGGAAGGACAUAGAGGAGGGGCUAGCUCUGUGGAUCGAUAAGAGCUUAGAAAGCUUCUACCCCAUAGGAGGAGCUCUCAUCUUGGCAAACUUAGCCGCGGUUUGCACAGCGGAGAAAUCUUCAGCUAGGCCAAGUAUGACAGAGAUAGUGUUCAACCUCUCAUUUCUUACUCAAUCAACUUCUGAGAUGGAUGAAAGGUCUUGGGCAGAACCAGAAGAAUCUUUGCGACAUGUCAGUCCAGUUGUAGGUCGUUAAGUUCUGCACAGUCUAGUUAUUAAUCGUCUAGUUUGGCAUAUAUCAUUUUGCAGUUAGUUCUGUAGGCCUUUUUUCACAUGUGUGUUUUGUAGCUAGUAUCUCAUUUUCUUUUUCCCCCUUUAGCAAGUGCUAUUGAAUCGAUAACAUGUAAAUACACAUACAGGUGUUUUAUGUAGUCUGUACAUGUGCAAAAUUGAAUGUAUAGUAAGGCAGUUACAUCUUUUGUGCCUUUGUGGCUUUGCUCUUCUGCAAGCAACCCAAAAAAUGAGAGGAGAGCAAAAAAGAUCAAGGGAUCCAUCUUAUAGAAC